GUCAGAGAGCUGCCUAGAGUGAGUGAGAGAAGAGGCUUUGACAUCGAUCGCUAAUGAGGAAGGGACCUUCUCCUUCUUCGUCCUCGCUCCCAUGUGCCGUGCCAAUCCUCCUGGUGAUUGUAUGCUGCUGCUCCCUGCUGCUACCAUGCUCUUGCUCUGCCGCCUCCGACCAAGGUAACGGCUUGUUCGCGAAGAAAGGUGCAGGCUAUAGUUUCCCGGCCGGGGGUCGUGUACCAGUACAGUGGCCGACGCCACCCCAGCCCGGGCCGCCGAUACGCCAGGGCGGUGGCAGCAGCGGCAGCGGUCGCAGCGGUGGUGGUGGCCUUGUCUACGCUCAGCCACCGCCGCUGGCACUUGCACGGCCACAUCGUGAGGACCCGCAUCCCCGGCCACGCUGCAAGAACCUGCACGGCAGGAGGAACUGAACAACGUCCCACGAGUCUAGCUACCUGAUGAGAUGAAGAGAUGCCGGCGUCAGUGCCCCACCGGCUUGGAGCCUUGGAGUGGAGAGAUUCUUGCCCGAUUCAACAAUGUUUGGGGCUAUCACUCACUGGCUUUGUAUUUUCAGAGCUCAGACUCAUCAUGAAAUAUAAUUUCUAAAUUUAAAGAUUUUCCUCUCCAACAAGAUUGCCGUAUUUUUCCAAAAGCAACAAGUUUGUAAUUUUUUUAUUCCUUUUUUGUCAAUUUUUUUCGAUAUA